CGGCUGUGCGCGCGCCCCGGUGAAGCUGGAGAAAGUCAUUUCGAGCUUUGUUUCAACCCGGUGGCACCAUAUGAGCUCCAGAAAGCGAGGCAAAUGACUUAUUUGUUAAUUUCGUGUAGUCGACGGAUGUCCCUUGACGGGGGAAAGCAGAGUUAGCCUGCCCUGCUCCUUCAAGUGCUUUCUUUCUUUGGGAUGGGCUAUUUUCAUAACGUCAUUUCAUUCCUCCCUCUUUUUCAUUUUCUCUUUCUUUGAUUCUUUCUCCCACCAUUUCCUAAAUGGAACAGAUUGCACCACACCACGCGCUUUCUUGCCUGCAAAGUUUGGUUUCAGACUUGUACACAGUUUGCGCUCUCUGUUUUUCUGGGCUUCCCUUGGUUUUUGGACGACAGACAGUUUAACGGACUUGAAGCGGCGGCAGCGGUGGAAGUGUUAAUCAUAAUGAGGCUCACCAUGAUUAACUGUGAAAAAUGAUCCACUAGCGUGUCAGUGUUUUGCCACGUUUCGAGUCACGCGCUCCAUUUCCAACAUGAUGUAUUCUCCUCUCUGUCUAACUCAGGAUGAAUUUCAUCCAUUCAUUGAGGCAUUGCUGCCGCACGUGCGUGCCUUCGCCUACACAUGGUUCAACCUGCAGGCCCGCAAGCGCAAGUAUUUCAAAAAGCACGAGAAGCGGAUGACCAAGGACGAAGAGCGCGCCGUCAAAGAUGAACUCCUGGGCGAGAAGCCCGAGGUCAAACAGAAAUGGGCGUCACGCCUCCUAGCCAAGCUCCGCAAAGACAUCCGUCCGGAGUGUCGUGAGGACUUCGUGCUUGCCAUCACAGGGAAAAAGCCUCCGUGUUGUGUCCUCUCGAACCCUGACCAGAAAGGGAAGAUGAGGCGCAUUGACUGUCUGCGACAGGCGGAUAAGGUGUGGCGUCUUGACCUGGUGAUGGUGAUUCUGUUCAAGGGCAUCCCGCUGGAGAGUACAGAUGGGGAGCGGCUAGUCAAGGGCGGCCAGUGUUCCAAUCCCAUCCUUUGUGUCCAGCCUCAUCACAUCAGCGUGUCCGUCAAAGAGCUGGACCUCUACCUCGCCUACUUUGUGCAGGAGAGAGAAGCUGAACAGAGCAGCAGUCCUCGCACAGGCAUCGGUUCAGACCAGGAGGACAGCCGAGCAGCCACCAUAGAUGCUCCGGAGUUUCAAGAGAGCUUUUUGACUUCGGGGGUCUUCAGUGUAACAGAACUGGUGCAAGUAUCAAGAAAUUCUGUGUAUGUGCACGCAGUACCGGUGGUGACAGGCACAGGGCCCAACUUUUCCCUCGGAGAGCUGCAGGGGCAUCUUGCUUACGAUCUGAACCCGUCAGGUGUGGGAAUGAGGAGGACCCUACCCAGCACCUCCUCCAGCGGAAGUAAGAGACACAAGUCGGGAUCCAUGGAGGACGAUAUAGACACCAGCCCAGGGGGCGAAUACUACACCUCACCCAACUCCCCCGCCAGCAGUUCACGUAACUGGCAAGAGGAGAUGGAAGGAGGAAUAUCCCCCACUGUUAAGAAGACAGAGAUGGAUAGUCCAUCCCCUCAGGAGAGCUCUCCACGUCUCAGCUUUACACAGCAUCACAGACCCGUCAUCUCAGUGCACAGCGGUAUCUCCCGGAGUCCACAUCCCUCCUCAUCUCUCCACUUUCCUGGCGCCCCUAUCCUCCCCCAGACUGCCUCCACCUACUUCCCCCACACAACCAUCCGGUACCCCCCGCACCUCAGUUCUCAAGACCCGCUGAAGGACCUGGUCUCUCUGGCCUGUGACCCGUCCAAUCAACAGCCCAGCCCGCUGAAUGGCAGUGGUCAGGUGAAAGUAUCCAGUCACUACAUCUCCUCUCAGAUGCUGGCCCCCCUGCCACCCCCUGGUCUGCCCCGCCUGACGCUGCCCCCAGAGUCCAAAUCCAACACCACCUCUGCAGACGCAGCAGCCAGCUCACCCACCUCCCCCACGUACUCUGCUCCUGGGACGACACCUGCCAACCGCCCCUUCGUAGGAAUUGGUCCUCGAGACCCUGGCAGUCUGUAUCAGGCACAGUCCUGGUAUCUGGGAAACUGAUGAACACACACACACACACACAGAUGAACCAGAGGACACGGACAUGGAUUUGAAAAUCAAGUUUUUGUGGAAUCUACAAGAAAAAAAUCGUGAACGAGAUUGAAGAGGGAAAAUCAGCUAUAUAUGCAGUAUUUGUAUAUAUACCCACACACACAUAUAUAUACACAAUAUGUGUGCAUGUAUAGAUAUAUGUGCACACAUAUUUAUAUAUGCAUAACAACGUAUAAGAUGCUUCAAUACACUUUCGAAAAGACAAUGGAAACGUAGGAGAGAAAGUGAGAGAAAGGCCAUGGAUGGAUCAGAAGACAAGGAGGUUGCUUUUUUCCUGCUGGGUUUGGGGCGCAGUCUGAACUAUGGCUGGUACAUUCGCGGAUGUGUCGAAACGGCCCACCCUGACUCUCUGCCUCCCGGAUCACCUCUCCUCUAUCCCCUUCUUCCGCUACAGGUGCUGCUUCCUCCAAUAUGCAAAAUAAGUAUCCUUUAUUUUCUUAACAGACAGGGAAGAGAAACCCAGAGGAACGGGUUGUAUCGCGCCACAGGUUCGGAGGCGAGCACGGUCUGCUUUUUUAGGUUCACGGAGGAUAGGGGUGACGUGAUGUGGAAAAGGAAACCGAAAGGUUUUGACUGGUCGAUGCUUCCGUUCACACGCCGUUUCGGCUACUUUCAUCCACUUUUAUUGACAAUCAUGUUUCUGCGUCCUUGGUUUUGUUCAGAGGGUGACAUUUUCUAAAUCGCAUUCUCCACCAUUUGUAACGGAGUUCCACUUUUUCGUGGAAGCCUGUCAUGUUUUUGUACAUCGGAGGACUAAUAGUGGUACCUUGUGACAUCAUACACCACAGUCAGUGUGUAUACGCGCACGAACGCACACACACACUUACGUAUAAACACACCUAUAUAUAGGCUUUAGAGCAAAGGCAUGUACUGUUAAGGCUACACUAGGUGUGCGUGAGCUGUAAAACAGCCCGAAUAGGACGAACCAGGUAAUACCAGGGGUGAACUAGCACCUUCCUUUCUUUGCAAUAUGAAAGCCCCUGAUUUCAUGGACUGUGUGUGUGUGUGCGUGUGUGUGUGUGUGUGUGUGUGCGCACGCAAAAUUCAUAAACAUUGGUAGUCCCUUAUCCAUCUCUGUGAUUUUACAGAACAAGGUUUUUGAUUCAUGUUGGUUGGUGGAGAUUUUCCACAUAGUGACAAAGGGAGUUGAAAUAUAUAGUUAUAUAACUAUAUAUAGUUUUGUCACUACUAAGACAGUAUUGGGUGUAGAGGAUAGUUUUCUCUGUGUAAUUUGUUUCAAAUGCAUUGAAAAUUACAGGCAUUGCACUACUUUGAAUUUUUAAGUUUCCUCUUUUGCAAAUUCUUUUUUUGGCCUAAUCAUAGGGAAUGCUGCAUUCGUUUUCUUUUGUCAUGUUCUGAAUGCAAGGUAGAUGAGGGUUGUUUUUUGUAGCUAAGAGGUUGAUCAGAACAAUGCAACAUUUUUAUUGUAGAAGUCAUAAGUGUCUAUGUAUUUAUGUGAUUACACUUUUACAAUCCCAUAGUUUAAGAAAAAACAAACACAAGUUAUCCUUUUCUUCCCAUGUUUCUAUCGCAGAAAAGUCUCUACUGGCUGGUUGUUGACUGGUUGCCACAGGAACGCGUUUUUCUGCACUCUAAAGUGUUGAUUUGUACUAUCAAAAAAACAUCAGGGCUUUACAACGCUACCAAACUCAAAUCACGAAGCCACGAAAAGUGCCUGAGACAUUGUGAGAUAUUCAUUUGAAGUCUUAUUUUAUGACUUUUAUUUUGGGAAGUUUGCUUCAUCUACUGUGGGUUGUUGUAGAAGUGAAGGGGUUCUUUUUUAUACCCGGAGAAAGAGAUAUGAUAUGCACAGGCUCACAUUUAGCCGCAGGUAGCGAAGAUGGCAAUAUGGAGAACAAAAUAAGCAAACAUACCCCCUUGUAAUCUGCCAGAACAUGACAAAAUCAACACAUGUCAGAAAUUUUAUAGGUUUCCCCCACAAAUAUAUACACGGAUAAAGAAUAAUAUCCACACAGUCUGGUUGCUUUUGCUUAACCUUUUAUAUGGCUUUGCAUACACGUUUAGUUGCAUUCACCAUAGCAAGAUUCAGAAUACAUACAACGUUGUUUUAAUGGUGCUGAUAUGAAAGUAAUAUGGAAAUCUCUAUAUAUAAAUUAUAUGUAACUGCAUGGUGCUUAUUAAAGAAAAAUCACAAGAAUUAAGCUCAAAUGACAUGAGCGCAUGGCAGAUAAUCUUAGUAUUAACUUUGAAGCUAAACGCUCCCCGAUUCCUCCUUAUGACAACCCCCCACCUUGAGCGAAGAGCCAAUGACACCCGUGAAUUUUACCUUUGUACUACACUUGGUUUUGAAUUUUAUCCAACGAUCCCUCUUCUACUUUGCACGAUAUUUUAUAAAACAUAUUAUGUGCCUUGCCUUUAGUUAAGAACAAUAAUAGAUAAUAAUUUUAAAAAGUCGAUUUUUAUGUAAGCAGUGUCACAAUGGGAAAUUUUUUUUGCAUGUUUGAUUGCCUGUCAUAAUCAGAUUAAGACUAACUGGUUACCCAAUAGAUGUAGUUUUGGUUGGGUAAGAGAAGCUUUUAUGGCACUGUUCCUCCUUUACAAGCACCGUAGUUGUAUGUCCAUGGCAUGAAAUCGCCCUUCCAUGCAUUUUAAUAUUUUGUUAGCGUUUCCUCCAUUGGUUAAUGUAAUUGGAAUGUAACAAAAUCUGUGAUUGAUGGAGUAACAGCUCUCCAUUUCAGUGAUAACGUUUAACGUUUUUUGUUUCUUUAAAAUGAUUUAAAAUGUAUUUUGUGUUUAAUCUCUCACAACAGAGUUUGUUCCCAUGAAAGAUGAAAAAAAUUGAUCUUAAAUCUUUAUCAGUUAAGAUAUGAACCACACAACUAAAUGUUUAACUGUUUGUCAACAAGCAAUCAAUUGACUUUAUUUGCUCAACAUUUUUUACGUUAUUUUAAAACACAUGUAAGACCUUUCAGUUCAGGACAGUUCACCCAAAAAUGAAAAUUCUGUCAUUUGCUCACCCCUGCGAGAUGUUCCAAACCUGUACAAAUUUCUUUGAACACAAAAUAUAUUUGGAAGAGUAUUUGUAACCAAACAGUUCUGGGGAACCAUUGACUACCAUAGUAGGAAAAAAAUACUCAGUCAAUGGUGCCGCAGAACUGUUUGGCUUCCCACAUUCUUCUAAAUAUAUUUGAGCAACAGAACAAAGAAAUGUAUACAGAUUUGGAACAACUUGAAGGUGAGUAAAUGAUGACAUAAAUGGUGAACUAUCCCUUUUAGUGCUUAACCAAAAGAUGUAAACUUAUGGGAUCCAUAAUACUGACUGCGAUAGAUUGUGUAGUAACAUGUGACAGAUUUGUUUUAGUUAUUUCGUCCCUUGUAUAUGUCCAUACAUUCAUUUGUAGAAUGCAUUUUUAGAGAAUAAGUGAAAUGAGUCAAAUCCACAAAAUACCAUUUAAACUGCUGACUUUGCAUCUUCUUUCAAAAUGAUUAACGCACCAGGUUGCAUCUUCUGAUUCUUGUUUAAAAUUAGAUGGUAGGAAAUAAUUUAUAAUUUCGUACUGUGUGGUGUCAGGGGAGUAUAGGAGAAGAUAUUUCUGGAGCUGGGUCAGGAAGGGCCAUGAGGUAGUAUGUGAUGCAGUGUACAGUAUUGUUUCUGCAAUGGAUGUUGCAACGCUGGUAGCUAAUACAAUUUGCUGGUAGCUAUUUAAAGUUGAAAAAGAACGAGUUUUGUUUACAUGAUGCUCCGGUAAGAUCUUAGAGCAGAAAGUUUGUAAGCCCACUUUUUUCACCCUGGCUAAAAUGGAGUGCUUACGCAGAAAGGCAUUCCAUGUGUACCAUGAUCCAAACUUUUGCAGAAGUGCUAGAGUCAUUCAGCAAGCAAUUACCUUGAGUUUAACAGGACAGGCGAUGGGUCACGGGUCUGACACGGAGUCCAGGUUGGUUGUGGGCUUGUAGGCCCAAACACCUCUAUUGCAUCCACAGUAAAAUAUUAUAUUGGAAUCAUUUCACGUUGAUUUCUUUUUUUUGGACAAUUUUUUUUUUUUUAAUGCCUCACAAUGGGACCUGAAGUUCCAGUAAAGAAUUACGUCUCAGUUCAGACUUGCAUUGCCCACCGUCUGUCCUGUGAAGAUUUGCACUGUUCCAUGUUCAUCUUUCUAAAGCAGUUUAAACCCUCUGGCCAGGGUGGGAUUGUGGGCUCAGAAAAACAGGGGGCUGAUCAUGGGUUCGCCGGCACAGUGCCGACUUCUUGUUUGCUUUUGUAAUGAAUAAAAUGGCUACGCAAGGCUGACGAAUCGAAACGCUUCACGAGACGCGACGUUGUCUGACGUGCGUUUUUUAAAGUGGCCACAGGUGAUGAUUGAUAAUGCAUUUGUUAGCUGAUGCAUGUAAAAACAAACAUUAUCUUACCAUUUCAUUUUGAAGCGCUUGACUAAUAUUUGUUUUAGAAGCAGUCAUUUUCGUUUGUAUGCGUGUUGUCGAAAAGUUACGUUUUGAACACGGCUUUCUUGUGUAUAAAUGCUUACCAUAUAUCCAGUAGAAUAAGAAAAAGCUAAAUGUACAUAAAAUGUGUUUUUUAUGAGUAGAUACGUUUUCGUUCGUACAUUUGGAUUUAGUCAUAAGCUUGUGGCCAAGCCACAGAAAUAAUGCAAGAUCCUUUUGAAGGAUCUGAUCUGUAAGUAAACUCCGCACCCUCACCACACUCAUGUCAAACAGGUUUCAUUUUGCUUAGAAAAUACGGCCAUCAAUAAAUUCAGCAUCACUUGUUGUCAUUUUAAACAGAGCCAACAGUUGCACUUAGAUUUGAGGGGUAUAUGCAGAAUUCAUCGCUUUAGUUUAUCUCCAACACUUAUUUUAAAUUUCUGAACUUGUUUUGUUUUUCUCUUUCGUCACGCAAGCUUCGAGAUUUUGAACAUUUCCUUCCGGUACUUCUACUCGGAAGAUUGCACUAGAUAAUCUGCUAUUGAUCUAAUAAUGCUUGUUUUAAGGUUUGUUCCUCUGGAUAUAUUUCUCAGCCUUUUUGAUGCAUCUCGAUCCACAGAGACUUUCGAUGAGAACGCGAGAAAGAAGCUGCUUGAAUGGCGCCAUUUAUUUAAAUCUUGUCGUUUCAUGAUAAAUUUACCCUUUUAAGGCCAUGUCAACUUUCCGUGCACUACAGAUAUCAAGGUUGGUCAUAUUGGAUUGUUGAGAUAAAAUCGUGCGCAGUCUGUUUUGGACAAUCAAUGGCAUGAUUGACUUACUGUACCUCAGUCUGUUGAAAGUUGUAUGCGGUGUGUAUAGACAGACUAACAUAACUACCCUUACAAAAUAGUACAGUGAUGGUGUCAGAUGGUAAUACCGUGGUUCUUUCACGUGUACCAUAUAUUUGGUAAUGGUACAAAAUAUUUCAAUUGCGAUUCCUUAUUGUACCAUUUGUAACAAAAACAUAGCAAAACCAUAAUACCUGUAGGAAUUUUUCGGUACUUUUUUGUAAGUGUAGCAGAAAUGUAGACCUAGCUGUUCUGAGUGCCUUCCUGGAUUCACCCUACAACUCCUGAAUGUGGGUUUAGGGUCUAUGACCUUUCGUGAUACGAUCUUUCCCACUCAUGACUGUACUGUAUUUACCAGAAUUGGCAGAAUGUGCUCAGUAUUUCUUAAAAGAUUGUUAAAUUCUGAGGACCAGGCACUUUAGUCAAUGACACAUGUAAGUCCACUUCAUAGAAUGUAAAGGCAUGUAAUGCCUAGUCCCAUAGUCCAAUUUCCCAACACUCUGUCAUGAAGAGACCCUACUUAGGCAUCUGUCUGAAUAUUAAAUUUGCCUGAGUGUUGCACUGUAGCGUUUUGUGGUUUGUGUAAUCCAAACCCUGCAAUAUGAACUUUGCACGGUUGAUGUAGAUAGAAAUGUACUCCGAUCUUUUGUCUCUUAGCAGUAAGGGCUCUGUAAAUGUUGUGACACUUGGCAGAUAUGAUGUUGCGGUUCUUAUCAAUUGUUAAAUUGAGACAGCGGCUGGUGAAUUUGAAAUGGAUUGCACGGAUGGAUAAUGUGCAGUGUUAGGAUAACAGGCGAGGUUUAUAAAGCAAACUAGUAGUAAUACACUAAAGGCAUCUGGGAAUGUGCUUGGGUAAACAAAAGCUAUGCAAUGAAUCCUAUAGCUUUAAUGAGAUUUUUGUGCAAAACGUCAUGCCGAGCAGAUAUAAUGUUAAGUACGUUUUAAUAUUUGCCCAAAGCCAUGCAUACUACGCUAAACCUUCCAUUAUAGCAGUCUAAAAGAAAUGAGAAACAUGGAUUUGAUAACUCAUCCUCAGUGUGUUUGGGCUGGUCUCUGUAGGUCUGUUUAAACAGUUUCAGAGUUGACAUGUCGUCAUAUAAGAGGGUUUCACAGAUCUGUUUGUAUAUAUGUGAGGUCAUACUGACAUUAACCAAAUAUGUAACUCAAACUCCUUAAAAAAAAAUAAGGUUUGGAAUAGACAUGUUAUGGAUUGAGGCAAUCGUGUUUUUCAAUUUAAACUCUGGGUUAAUGUUGGUAUGUUCAUCAAACUUUAAAAAAAAAAGAUGGUGACAGUUUCGAGAACUCACAGAUUGAGUAUUUAACUUUGAAUGAAGAUACAUCCUAAACUUUUUGUAAACUGGCUAGUUAUUUUUAUGCCCACUUUUUCAUUCCUGGCAAACCAGCAAGUCGAAUCAAAGCUAUAUACGUUAAUAUAGUCAAAAAUGGGUUGAAAACACUUGCAGUGCCUGUCAUUUUACUGCUCUGUUUGGUUUGUUUUCUUCAGUCAUGUUUCUCUGUAAGCCAUUAGCUGUUACGCGAGUUUUCACUGUACUGCUGACAUCAUCUGGGCGUUUGUUUAUCCAGUGCUUUUGUACAGUCCAACCAAGGAGCCAGAUAUGCCAAAGCCUCUCAAUAACACACCUCUACCUUCUGCAACAUAUUGACAUCAACCAUUGUGUGAGGAGAUGCUAGGAAGGGGAUUCAGAAUGGCUAUUUGAAGGGGGUGAAGACAUCGUGUUAGUCUCUGUACAAAGGGGAGAAAAGCCAUUAAUGGGCUUCGCUGUUAUGCAAUAUUUAAGUCUAUCACCAGUGAAUUGCCAAAAAUACCCUGACACACCGCCUGCUCCGCUAACAUGACGUCCCCGAAUGUGUAAUGCCCUUAAAAACAGUAACACGUGAAUGCUUCAUAUUCACAUCAUUUUGGUUCACGGUGCCCUUUUUUCCCCAUUAGAACAAUGAUUUCGUUUUGUUCUGUUUGUUAAUUAAGAUUUCGUUUCUAUGAAUAUUUCUAUUGUUUGUUUGUUUUAAAGCAUGCUGUUUUCUCUCAAUUUAGAGGCUGAUUUUGAGUUGAAAGAACGAAGGAUGAAAUGUGUUUCAGAGAGCAUUCUAAUGCAGUGUUAAAUUUCAAGGUUUUUGUUGGUUUUCCUUCUUCUUUUUUUUAUCACAUUAUUCUUUACAAUUAUUACCAUAGUAGUUACUCAUUAAACGCUUGCUUGCUGCACAGAUAAACACACUUCACACCAGGAAGGGGCAUGUGGACAUUUAGUUCAGACACAUUUUAUGGAAUGAUUCACACGACUGGCACAUGCAUCCGUGUUUUUUGGAAAGCAUCAGAUUUUCUGUUAUUCGUCUGUGUUCCUCUAGAACCUCGCAAAAUUGUAACCUAUCAGCAAAAGUCGGUAUGUCGGUUGAAAGCAGAUGAGAAAAGACUUUGUGUCUUUCAUAUGCACAACCAACUAAAUUUGCCAUGUGUUUUUAACUGGUGUGAGGGGGAAAUUACAGCUUUAACAAUAUUUCAUUAUAACGUUGUAUUCAGCCAUCGCUGUUCGCAAAAAACGCUCAUGAAUACAAUACUGGAAGUGAGUAUGUUUCCCUAUGCAAAAAAGUAAAUAAAAUUAAAAUGAAAUAAAAAUAAACAAAGCUAUGCUACGA